AAAUUAAUUAAGUUUAGUUAAAAAACUAUCAAAAUCUAGUUAAGUAAAUCGUAUAUGGAAUAAGUAGAAAAUCCAUCAACAGAUGAGCUGGUUAUCAAUGUAGUUGGAUGCAAGCCUGAAAAGAGAUCUGAAGAACAAAUAUCAUUUCUUUCAGAUUAUUUACACAAGAUUCUCUCUUUUUUAAAUGUCAAAAAAGAGGAUUGCAUUUUAUGUGCGAAGUCUUGUGUAAAGCUUACCUAUCACCAGAAUUAAUCCAUUUUAAAAUUGAAAUAAUAAGUAGAGUACUUUUACAUCAUUCUUGAAGGAUAAGUUUCACUAAAUUAUUUGUUAGUAAACAACGAAAGCAGCAAUGAAGAAUAACUUAAAUAUGAAAAAAAUUAAUAAUAAAAUAUCAAUAAUUUUAAAGUACCAACAGAUAAAAAAAAUGAGUCAUUGUAAAAUGUUGGUAGUUAGUAGCAAGUUGUAAAUAGGCAAUCUUAAAGGAUUUCUGAGAUUAUCGAUUAACCAAAAAAGAACUCAAUAGUUUCAAGAUAUUCGCAAAGCUAGCUCCUUCCAUAUAAAAAAUUGAAUAAAUUUGAUUACUUUGGAUAAAUAUCUAUUUGCUUAAAACAAAUAUGUUAGAUAGUGGCGUAAUGUACUUCAAGAAAUGCAGUGCUUUUAGCAAUACCAAAAGAUGUUUUCAAUUCUACAUUAAAGUUUUAUUUUAGCUAUGUUAUAUAAAAUGAUAUUGAAUUUUUGGAGACCUGUGUGCACUUCUUUAAGGAGUGGAAUAAGAAUUUGCUUAAAAGAAUAAUUCUAUUUGGGUAAAAAGUAUAACUUAAAAGAGGAAACCUUCUCUACAACGAAGGAGAUAAUGCUGAUAGCAUAUUUCUGAUAGUAGAAGGAGAAUUUUCAGCCUUUAAAUAAUAUACAUACGCUCCUUCUUUUCUAGCCAAAGCAGAGCUUAAUGAUGUUGAAAAAAUUAGGACUCAAACAAAAAAUGAAAUAGAUAAUAAAAAAUAAUAAAAAUCUCUAAAGAUUUUGAUGGUUGGUAAAGGUGAAAUGAUAGGAGAAAGCGAGCUUUUCCUAUAAUAGGAAGGGACAUAAAAAAGAUAUUUUUCAGUUGUUACAGAGAGCUAGGAUGCUCUGGUUAUAAAAAUGCACCAUUAAAUAUUUAAAGAUCUGGUUUUGACAGAUACAAAUACAAAAUAAAAUAUCCUAAAUCUGCACCAUUAAAGGAUGUCAUUUGUUGAAUAGAAGGUGAAAAAUUAAAAAUAAAAGCUCAGUUAGUAUAUGGAUUUCUUUUUCUAAAGCUUGCAGGGCUAAUAAAUGAAGUAAAAAAGCACAGAAUUUCUAAAAAAUUCUCUGAAAACAAUAGACUAGUUAAAUAAAGAUCAAUUUAACAAAUUCUUAAAAAAAGCUUAUAAUAGCCAGUCUCCUCAAAAAAAGUAGCUCUCAUAUCCCUAAAAUCAAAAUAUAUUUCAAUCUGAUGAAAAGAAUAAUUAAAUAUCAAUACCUACAUUGAAUUAUAUAAUUGAUGAUAAAUAAAAUAAAAUUGUAACUGAGUAGGAUUUAUUAAAAAGUGCUGAGUUAAAUUAAAACUUCUCAACAAAGAUGAAAAACUCUACAAAAGAAAGUAAAAUCUAUGAUAGUAAGUCAAACUUAGACACCGAAUCUAAAUCAAAUAUUUAGUAAGAUACAGUGAAAGUAAAUUCAGAUAGUGGAAUGAAAUAUUUUAAUAGCUUCUUUUAUAGAUAUUUGGAUUAAAAAUAAAAUAAUCUUGAAGAACCUUUAAUAAGUGUUAAAAAAAGCAGAAGAUAGUUUAGCUUGGAGAAUUUAAAUAAGAAUAAAUAGAAACUAUCUCAUUCUCCAUAAAAGACUGCUUUUUCUAGAUAAAACUCGUUAAUUCUAUAAAAAAUGAAUCAAAUUUAUAAUCAGUCAGAAAAAUAAACUAUUCAUUCUACUCUAUAAUAAACUGACUGUUUACUUAAAUCAGAAAAUUAAAUAAUAUCAUUAUGUAAUUUGCAAAGAAGAUAGUCUCCUGAAUCUUCUAGUGAUAAUAAAAAUAAAUUCAAUUGUAAUUUAUCUAACUUAAAGGUUGAAGAAUAUUCUUUGAAUAAUUACUGUAAUAAUUCUUCUAGAAAAAACACUUUAGAUUCUAUUGCCUUAAAUUUGGAUAACAGAUAAUCAUCUUAAACUAAAUUUUCCCCAUAAUUAAAAAAUAGGAAAAUCGUUAGUUAAUCUUCUCAUCUUUAGUUAGAGAAAUAAGAUUUUAUUUCAUUAAAUGAAGAUCAUAAAAAUAACAUAUAAACUGAGAGAAGACAGCCUUUAAUAACUUUUCAAUAUAAAUCUGACAGUAUCAAUGAAAUUUAUCAUAAAAAUGAAGAAGCUAUUGGAAUAGAAAUUAAAAAAAAAUUAUAAAUACCGAGAAGACUAUUUUCUUCUCGAGCUAGUUCUACAAUAACAAAUUUUAAAAAUAAUAGCAUAUCUAAUACAAACUCAAUUUGCUUAAGAGAAUAAUCAAAUGCAAACUAAAACGAAAAUUAAAUUAUUUUUUUAAAUAAUUGUGCAUCCACAACUUAAAAUACAAUUGAAGAUAAAAAUGCUUUAGAGAAUGAAAAAAACUCUAUAAUUAAAUAGCUAAUUCUACCUUUAGAGACUUAAGGAAAAGAUUUAAAUUCUGAAGAAACACCUCUUAUAUAUAAAUCUACAUAACCUUCUACAAAAAAUAAUCUAAAAGUAAUCAGAACCUCUGUGUAUAAAAAUUUCAAUGAAAUAUUCAAUAAUCUUCACUAUGAAAAUGAAAGCUAAGCUUCUUAAAAAGCUGAUUAAUUAAGAAAAUCUUCUAUAGAAUUUAUCUCCUAAUAGCCUAGUAAAAAUUUAUAAACAAAUUGUUCAGGAGUUAUAUAUAAGUAAGGGGUUAAGUUAAGUUAUUAUUAACUAAAUUAAUAGUAAUUUAGUACUAAAUCUACAAGAUAGUAAAAUAAUCAUAAUUCUUAAGCAACCUAAUAAUCAAUUUAAGGUCUUUAUCAAUUAAAUAAUUUUGUUAAAUCUCCAUCUAUUCAAACUAAAAUUAAAAAAAAUAUUCAUGUAAAUAAUUCAAAAUCUAAAAGCAGCUUUGAUGUUUUUGAUAAAAUUCUUAAUUCAAAAUUAAAUUAGUCUCCAAAAAAGGAAACAAACUAAUAAAUGUAAUAAUAAUGA